UGAUGAUGAUCAGUCUAUUUUACAUAAAAGGAUUUAUCUAAGAAAAAACAGAAGAUGCCUUUUGAAGUGUUAAAUUCGUUAAAAGAGAGACUUUUAAAGCCUGGGAAGGAAGAGGUGAAGAAUACUGUAAGUGACUCUCUAGGACACUUGCAAAGAAAAAUUGAUGGAACCAAUGUUGAAAGAGAUGCCAUAGAGCUGAAUGAAGAGGGAAGACCCGUGCAAGCAACAACUAAACCACCUUUAUUUGAUUGCUAUUGCUGUGGAUUACCUAAACGUUAUAUUAUUGCUAUGAUGAGUGGUCUGGGAUUUUGCAUUUCUUUUGGAAUUCGAUGCAAUCUUGGUGUUGCUAUUGUGGAAAUGGUUAAUAACAACACAGUCUACAUCAAUGGAAAACCAGAGACUGAGAAAGCACAAUUCAGCUGGGAUCCAGAAAUAGUAGGACUCAUUCAUGGAUCAUUUUUUUGGGGCUAUAUUGUUACACAAAUUCCAGGAGGCUUCAUUGCAAAUAAACUAGCAGCAAACAGGGUAUUUGGAGCAGCAAUUUUCCUAACUUCAACUUUAAACAUGUUCAUUCCUGCAGCUGCCAGAGUACAUUAUGGGUGUGUUAUGUUUGUAAGAAUUUUACAAGGCCUUGUGGAGGGGGUGACUUAUCCAGCAUGCCAUGGGAUGUGGAGUAAAUGGGCUCCUCCGCUGGAAAGAAGCAGGCUGGCAACUAUUUCAUUUUGUGGUUCUUAUGCUGGGGCAGUAGUUGCUAUGCCACUUGCAGGUGUAUUGGUACAAUAUAUAGGAUGGUCAUCUGUCUUCUAUAUAUAUGGAAUAUUUGGGAUAAUCUGGUAUAUGUUCUGGCUGCUGCAAGCUUAUGAGAGCCCAGCUGUUCAUCCAACAAUAAGUACUGAGGAAAAAAUUUUCAUAGAAACUAGCAUAGGCGGAGCCAACUUAAUCAAUACCAAUAAAUUUAGCACCCCUUGGAAGCAAUUUUUCACUUCGAUGCCAGUUUAUGCAAUUGUUGUGGCAAAUUUUUGCAGAAGCUGGACUUUCUACUUGCUGCUCAUAAGUCAGCCUGCUUAUUUUGAAGAAGUCUUUGGAUUUGCAAUAAGUAAGGUUGGUCUUUUAUCUGCAGUUCCGCACAUGGUAAUGACUGUUAUUGUACCCAUUGGAGGCCAACUGGCUGACUUUUUGCGCAGCAGCAGAAUUUUAACAACUACUGCUGUCAGAAAAAUCAUGAAUUGUGGAGGUUUUGGGAUGGAAGCUACUUUACUUUUGGUGGUUGGAUAUUCUCACACUAGAGGUGUGGCUAUUUCAUUCUUGGUUUUAGCAGUAGGCUUUAGUGGAUUUGCUAUUUCAGGAUUUAAUGUCAACCAUUUAGAUAUUGCACCUCGGUAUGCCAGCAUUCUCAUGGGCAUCUCUAAUGGAGUGGGGACAUUGUCAGGAAUGGUCUGCCCUCUUAUUGUUGGUGCAAUGACAAAACAUAAGACUCGUGAAGAAUGGCAAAAUGUCUUUCUAAUAGCUGCUUUAGUCCAUUAUAGUGGAGUGAUAUUUUAUGCUAUCUUUGCUUCUGGUGAGAAGCAGGAAUGGGCUGACCCAGAAAGUUUGAAUGAAGAGAAAUGUGGAAUACUUGAACAAGAUGAACUGGCUGAAGAGACUGAACUAAACAGUGAUAUUUUUGUUAACACAAAGAAAACAUACGGCGCUACCGUUCAGCAUGACGAAGCUCAAAGGAAAGAGCUGCCGAAGGAAAAGGGAGUGAGGCCCAAUGUCGAAGAACAGACUGUUUACCAAUAUGAAAAUGGAAACUUUCAAGAUUCAUUGUAAAUGUGUUCAUGGUUUAUGUGACCAUUAGCAUUGGUGUAUAAAAGCAAGCUCUCUCUGUAUUUAUUAUAUUAUUGUGGCUAAUCCUGCCAAAUGAUUGGCUAUAAGACAUAAUCAUUUUCAGUUUGUGUUACAGGAAAUGAAUUAAUAAAAAUACAUUGGAUGUGUGCAGUGUCUGUGAUCAGCCUUGGAUUUGCAAAGCCAUGUCCUUUAACACCAGGAGCUUUGUUACUAAUGAUAUUUUUAAUACAUCACUCUUCAGCAAUGCAUCGUAGUCAUGACUCACACAUUCUGACCAUGUAAAUAUCCUAUAAGCAGAAUUUUUUAAUUAGUUCAUUUCCAUAGUAAUGUACAAUGGAGGAUGUGCUGUGUUUAACUUGAAAUUAUACUAUACAGGUAGUGGUGCUCAUUUAACAAUGCUAAUUGUUAAUGGGACUGGAAACUGUUGUUAAGUGACAUAUAAGUUGAAAAACCAUGUGACCAUACUGCUGGACUUUUUCAAGUCCUGAAUGCAGCCCUUUGAGCCACACAAAAGUUGUCACUAAAUUAUAAUUUUUAGUGUAAUCGAAGGGGAUCCUGAUUAAAAACAUUAAAAUAAUAUUAAUUUAAUGUAAAUUAAAUCAUUUAUUUUUUUGUCCUGGUCACAUCCAUGGUCUGCAUGCAUCCCUCAGAUCUUCACUCAAAGGUCAAGUGGGCCAAAGUUUCACACUUCCCCUCCCAAAUAAAAUUGUGUUCCUACACUAUUCCAUAUCUUUUCCAUCCCAAAUCCACCUGAAAUAAAUCAGUUAUUUGCCAGCCUUUUAAAGUAUUCAGACCAUUCUUCCAACAAUAGUCCUUACAUGCUAUGAUUGGAAAGACUUUUGUCAAAUGAGGUUUAGAGCAUGUCAUUUUUUUGCUGUAUUUCAUGAUCUGGGAAGCCAACAUGAGCAGAAAUAACCCCUUAGAUAAAUGAUAUUUAAGUAGCUGCCAAAUCAGGAUAGAUAAUAGAUAGGCUGCAAUUUGUGCAAAUUCAAAUAAUGCAAUAUUCAAUUUAGCAUAGACAGUAAAUUGAUACCAGACUGUAUUUAAUUCAACCCAAAAUUCAAUUAAUGUAAGUCUAGUGCAUGUGCAAUUGAAUCUAGUACAUGCAGAGUUGUGGUUAGAAUUUUAGAUGUUGCUAAUCUUUGUGAGUGGAAAAUGGAGAAAAGAAAGAUCCCAUCACAGGAAAACAACACAAAUUUUAAAAGAAGAGAUUUGGAUUGGAGCAAAAAAUGCUUUUCUGCCCAUGUUGGCUUCCCAGUUUAAAUAAUAUGAAAGUGGUCAUAGCAAUACUAAAACAGGAAAAGAUAUUGGAAUACCUGAAUCUACAGUAGAAUCUGUUUUUAUUUUGCUUUCAAUAACCACCCUGUGACUUUUGUUAACUUUAAAUUUAAAUUAUAAGUAUAUUCUUUUUAUCCAUUACUGUAAUAUUUUACCAAUAUACAUAUGAAACAUUAUGUUAAACAUUUUUCAUUGCCUAUUUUUGUCGAGCUGAAACCAGUUAUCAUAUUUUCCAUAAAAGUUUUACUUUAUUAUUAUUAUAUUAUCAAAUAAUACAACAUUAUUUGAAUUCAAAUAAUGCAAACAUUUCACGGCACUAAUCAAGACCUAUCUGUAAUAACUGGCAAUUCAGUCAUGGGAGAGGAACAAACAGUUUGAGAAUGUGUUCUUUGUUUCUAAAUUACAUAUUUAUAUAUUUCUGAUAUAUUUUCUUGCAAAAUAAAGACCUGUAUAGCAGGGAGCCCAAGGAACAGUUGCUUUAAGUUAUCCCUUCAUAUAAAAAAGCAAAUGUGUUCUUGUGCCUUUUGCUUUUGUCUCAAAGGAUUUAUACAUAUUAUACUCCCAUACUUUUGACAUUAUGUAAGCAGUCAAUGUAUUUGCAGGAGUUUAUUGUUUAAAAAAUAACGUGCUGAUUGUUAUAGCGCUUAUAACGGAUUUACAUGCAAUAUACCUAAAAUACUUGGCAUUGUAGAAUUUUCCUCAUAACCUGUGAGAAAUAUCCAGGAAGCAUGUUGCUUGACUUCUAACCUGAUUAUUUUG